UUCAAAAUAUACAUCAUCCCAUUACCUCCCUCCUUUAUCAUCAUUCUCUCCACCACCCUCCAAAGCUCUGGACAUGGCCGACACAAUCAUCCGUUUCGGGAUCAUCGGCGCCGCCGACAUUGCUCGGAAAGUUUCUCGAGCUAUUGCUCUUGCUCCCAACGCCACUCUCUCCGCAAUAGGCAGUCGUUCACUGGAAAAGGCCUCAAAGUUUGCGUCCGAUAAUGGCUUUAGUCCUCAUGUCAAAAUCUAUGGUUCUUACGAAGCUGUACUCGAUGAUCCCGAAAUCGACGCCGUCUAUGUCCCUCUUCCCACUAGUCUUCACUUGCGCUGGGCCGUGCUCGCCGCCGAGAAGAAGAAGCACUUGCUCCUCGAGAAGCCUGUGGCUCUUAACGUAGCUGAGUUUGACAAGAUUCUCGAAGCCUGUGAGGCCAAUGGAGUUCAGUUCAUGGAUGGUACCAUGUGGAUGCACAAUCCUCGUACGGCCAAGAUGAAGGAAUUUCUUUCUGAUGCCGACAAAUUUGGCCAGCUCAAAGCGGUAAACAGUGUUUUCUCUUUUGCUGCGGAUUCCGACUUCUUAGCUAAUGAUAUUCGCGUGAAACCCGACCUCGAUGGUCUUGGUGCUUUGGGUGAUGCCGGAUGGUACUGUAUUCGUUCAAUCCUUUUUGCCGCCAACUACGAACUGCCUAAAAGAGUGAUUGCCUUGCCUAAUCCUGUUUUGAACGAAUUGGGCGUGAUUUUAUCAUGUGGAUGCUCCCUUCUUUGGGAGGAUGGAAAAGUAGCAACCUUCCAUUGCUCUUUCUUGUCAAAUUUGACCAUGGAUGUUACUGCUAUAGGAACAAAUGGGACAUUACAUCUUAAUGAUUUCAUCAUACCUUACGUGGAGAAGGAGGCCUAUUUCUCCACCUGUUCGAAAUCCGGAUUCAAUGACCUCGUGACUGGUUGGCAACCGCUACCAAGCAAACAUAUCGUUCCUACUGAUCUUCCUCAAGAGGCUCACAUGGUGAGAGAAUUUUCUCAUUUGGUUAAAGAGAUCAAAUUAAAUGGCUCCAAACCUGAGAAAAAAUGGCCAACUAUCACUCGAAAGACUCAGCUGGUGCUUGAUGCUGUGAAGGCAUCGCUCGAUCGUGGAGAACCUGUUGAAUUAGGACAGUGACUCCAAUGGUAUUUCCUCAUUCCUUGUUGCUUUAUGAAUGUAUUGGAACUUCAACGUGUUAGUCUAUUAGUGUGGUUGGAAAGCCCUGCUCUGAUGUAUUUGAAGAGCUAAAAGCAUGGAGAGAAGUCAUUCCUUGCAUGGUUAAUUUGUAUUGAUUGAGUUUAUGUUGUUAAAAUGUUAUUGUAAUAAAUUUAGAGUCAUGAAUUUGGAAGCUUAGAUUUUGGAUUUCAAACAUGGAAGUUUGAUAAUUUUAUGUUCAUAAUGCUUAAAUUUAUCAUGAACCAUAUUGUUGGAUCGGUAAAUGAGCUUAAUGAGAAUUAGAAAUAAUUAAA